AUUGAAUGUAGAUUGAAGGCGGAUUACCUUGUGUUCAUCUGAAUUCGUCCGCCUUUACUCAGUUUAUCUUUCCGAAAUAGAAAAUGAGCAGUCGCAUGGGAUAUUAUGGACCACCUUCAUCAUCAUACUCUGAUCCAUGGGGUUCGUCUCAAAUGAACAAUUCUCAACAGCCAUCAUCAUUUGGUUACAGUAACCAAGGAAAUCCUCCGUUUCCUCAAACGCUUCCUGCAAGACAGAAUCAAAUGUUUUCACAGGUCCCGAACCAGAGACAUACUGCACAACCAUUACAAACAUCGUCUUCAGCUUCUUAUUUCACCCCUAGAGGACAUCAAGGAUCAAAUCAGCAGGAUCUGAGCAUGAGAUCACCAUCUAACCAUAUGAAUAGUCGACCGUCUCUUCUACAUUCGGCGUCUCCAGCUCAUGGAGGUUCAUCGCAGCAACAUCCACCACCACCGCCUCACAGCGGUCGAUCGAUAUCAAUGUCACGAUUUGAACUUAGUGCUGCACAGCCUAGUUAUAAUGAGGGAAACUUCUGUGACGACAUGAUGGAACAGAGAAAUCCAGAUCAUGCUCGUCGUUUUGGUUCAUUUAAACCAUACGUAGGACAAACGGAUUCUCCUGGUCCAAGUCAGCCGCGAUCAUCACUAGCAAGAAGACCGAGUCAAUUGGACGAGUCUUUAGAAAGAAUACCACUUCCGCCUGCUGCACAUCACCACUCUGAGGAAAAACAAAGAUUCCAGUUUCCCACGCAUGAAGUCAGGCCAUUAAUGCCGUCAAGAUCAAGUUUACACGAUGCAGGUGAUGUAGAAAUGGACGGUUUCAUUCCAAGCGAACCACAAAAUGCUGCAAUUCCUCGUCCUCCACGUCGUUCUGAAGGGAUACCGAAGUUUCAGUUUCCAACUCAUGAUGUUAGACCGCAAAUAACACCGAGACGUAUGGAGCCAGAUGUUUUGGAUAUGGACGAUUAUGGUUUACGAGAACCACAAUCUUCAUUUAGAAAAUCUGUUCACAUGGACGACUCUUUAAGUCCUUCUGUUCAUCGUCGAGUUGAAGGGAAACAAGGAUUUCAGUUUCCAAGUUAUGAUAUGAGAUCACCAUCAACUGGCCGUUUGAGACGAAGUGAUCAAUACGACAAUAGUGAUAUGGAUAUGAUGAAUGGAUUCGGAGUUGAACGUCCAGGAUCAUCAAUUCACGAUGUUGCUCCUCAAGACUAUGGUGUUUAUCGUCAGCGUCAGGAAGAUAGGUCAAGAUAUCAAGGUGGUUAUGAGGCUGAAACAUUUUUGACGCCAAGACCGGUUAGAGAGAGUGGAAUGGUUCAGAUGGGUGAUCAGGGUUUUUACCGUCCCCUGCCUGCAUCAUCAAUACGCCAAUCAAAAGUUGAGCGUAGAUCUUCUCUACAUGAAGACAGUGGGCAGAUGGGGAUGGUGCCUCCAUUGACACUAUCAACAGCAUUACCACGACGUUCUCGUGAUAAAUUACCGUUAGGUGAAUCGUCAUCAAUGUUGUAUUCUGAUCGAGCGGAGAGAGAGAGAAGAACACUGCCAUUGUAUUUCUUGAGAAAAAAAGAACGUGAAAAGAAAACUGAACAGAAAGCAGCACGUCUUCAAUCCAAACGAAAACCGAAUCGAAAAAAAGGACCACCUAGAAAUAAAAAUAAAAUAAGAAUGCGACGAAAUCUUUAUUGUGUUGUUUGUGAAAGAAAAUUCGAUAAUAAAGAAGCGCUAAAUAAGCAUUUUGAUCUUGAUUCGCAUAAAAAGAAUUUAAUGUUAUUCAGAGAAACUUUGGCAAAUAUUAAAAAAAGCGAAGGAGAUGAUGCAGAAUUUGAUGAUGAAACUGUUUUUGUAGAAGAGAGGUUUGGUGGAAAAGAUAUUAAAAUCUAUUGCGGCAUAUGCAAGGAGACAUUCCGUAAUAAAUCGUUAUACGCGGAACAUUUGGCUUUUAGACGGCAUAAAUUGAACGCACGAAUUAAUCAAUUAUUUAAAGAUGCAAAAGGCGAUCGUGAUCAUUUAUCUCCGGACGAUCCUCUGGGUUCAUUCUGUCAUUAUAUCAAUUCUGAUACGCAAACAAUUCUGAUUGGUGAGAAAGAGGAGAGAAAUGUGACCCUUGUGAAAUCCAAAGAAAAUAUAUUCUGUCUUAAAUUUUUAGACCUAAGACAUAUGUUAUGCGAAGAACCGGGUCCUGCAGGCGAAGAAUAUCUAGAAGAGGUGGAUGGGUUGACACCGUCAAAAGAUAAACGACCUUAUCGUUGUUCACUAUGUAAUGAAAAUAUAACUGGUGUCGAUAAUACCGAGAUGCAUUUGUAUAGUGUCAGUCAUCAAGAAGCAUUCAAGGCAAAUGUGAAUCCAAAUUGGGAAAUUCAAAUACCAAUCGAAUCAUCAUCAUAUUUUGAUGUUGUAUUGGAUCUUUGGAGAGUUUGUAAAGAUAAGUAUAAAAAGGAACUGAGAAACAUAGAAAAAUUCAAGGAAACCUCUUCAUGUAUAUGUGGAUAUAAAAUUCAACGUUUUGUUGAUUAUAGAAAUCAUUUCCCUAAAGCAUUCGCACAGGGGACAUUACCACCAGUGGACUCAGAAGACUAUCCUGUAGCUGAAGAUAAACGCACUAUAUUGAAUUAUAGAAUUACUUACCGUGAAUGUGUUAAUUUGAUCAAAUUAUUCAGUCUACCGCAUGAUGUCGUUGUAGCGAAAAGAACAAAAGCAAUGGAAUUGGUUGGAGAUACAACUGACCAAACCGCUGCUGCUUCUGCUGCUGCUGACACUGCAACCACCGAAGCUACUACUGCCGCUUCUGCUGCUGCUGCUGCUCCUGCUGAUACCACUACUGAUACUUCUACUCCUUCUGUGAAGAUGGAUGAGUCAGUUAAGGAGGAUGAGGAGCAGGCAGUCAGCGCGAUGAAACAGGAGACAUCUAAUUAGUUUAUUAGUUUGUUUCUGUUUUUUAACCCCUCUAAUGUGUUUAUGACUGACUGUAAAUUAUUGUUAUUAUCAUUGUUAUUAUUGUUAUUAUUAAUAAAAGACAUUUUUAACUAUCAGUGCAUUUAUAUCUGUUGUGUUCAUCAGUUUUUGUAAUUGUUGUUUCUCUCUCUCUCUCUUCUAUUACACCUACCUACCCAUCAGUUAUUGAAUAUAAAACCACUUUUUAGUUUAAUAAUUAAUAAUCAUAAUUAUAUUAAUAAUGAAUGCUUCAUUGAAAAUCAAUAAAUACAUAUAAUUGUCAGUCUUG